GCAACAUCCACUGUCCCCGGUCAGAGAAGAUAUUGUGCACAGCAUGUCGUGACCAUGGACGCUUGUGGAGGAAUAUUGAACGAUCGGCCCAGAAGUCUAUGGUGAACGAGGCACAGACGCAUACUCGACUCGAUACACAUGUAGGCUCGACCUUGUUGAGGCUGGCCACGAGCGGAACUCCGAGAUCGAGAUGCCUUCCCGCAUUGACACAGAAGAGCACAGCGGACAGAGUGACGAUGGCAGUGGAUCGUUGUUCGCGAAACUCCAUCAACCUCGAUUUGACCCUGUCGACUUUUUGAACGAUUCUCUGCCCGGCCUGAAUCUGUCAUCUCAAACCCAGAUCGCAAAACCCACACGGUCGACCCAAAUUCAGAGUGCCUCUACCGAGUCACUUGCACUACUUACGUCGCUCAAUACAAUCAGCAUCCGCGCCUCCUCAGAAUUGACGUCUCUAACAGACGAAAUCAUCCGCAGUGGGAAUCGGCUUGCCUAUGAGGUAGAGGUGCUUCGCGGUGAUGUGAAUGGAUUGCACGAACUGUUGACUGACCCGCUACGGGACGACAUUGCCCAUUUUGUCAAGAACGAGAUUGCUAGCAAUGAGCCGCCGAUUUUGAAUCCGGAGGCUGAUGGUGACGACGCCUUGCAGAACGCGGGAUCGGAAUCUGAGCCUGACUUUAUGACUCGACUUCGAUUGCUAGGCAAGGUAAAAGCACGUCUCGAGUCUGUCAUUACCAUUUUCGGGGAAGCAAUGAAAUGGCCCAUACCUCCUUCUGAGCUGUCCAUGGCUUCAUCUCUCAUCUCAGUCUCUUCACCCGAGCUGGGAAUACAAAGCACAGUUGAAGAUGACAAGGCGCACGAGGCAUUGAAAAGUAUUCGGGCAGAGAUCGACGAUCUACUAGGGCCAGAGUCCGCCGGAUAUGCUGGUCUUGAGAACGCUUCUCAAAGAGUCGAAGAAUACAGGCAGCUCGAAAUUCUGUGGAAGGGCACGGGCGAGGAAAAGGCCAGAGUCAAAUUCGUUGAUUCAUUGGUUAAAAUGGUGGAAGACAGGAGGAAGACACUGGAUGCACGAGAGAGGGCUCGAAAUUCUAAGGGGGGGAGUUCGGCACGAUCAAGCUCCGCCGUGGGCAGGAAUCCGAAAAGCUCAAAUGAAGGAAGUGGCGGUGCGGCUGGGCUGUUUCGGAAUCUGCAGCGCUUGAAAGACGAUCUUUAUCUUGAAUGAGCUCGGAAACCCUCAAUCGCACCAAUACCGACACAUCUUCCGCAAUGAUAUUGAAUUGAUUUCAUUUGGGCCGUACUCUCGUCAUCCACUGCAACUUCGCCGGCGCAGGUGUCAAGUCCUCCCCAACAAACAUUCACUGCAUUUGGCCGACCUCGAGACCGCCUGAAAUAGGGUUUAGUUCAUUGAUGUUGCAAUGAUUCUCGCCUCCCGCAGACCGCAUGUCUAAAGUCCCCAUG